CCAAAAGGAAAGAAGGGAAAAGCACUUACGUUGUGGUUUCCGCAGCUCCACUUCCCCAGACGACGAGAGAGAGAGAGAGAGAGAGUGAGAGAGAGGGAGAGGAGAGAGGGGAGAGGGCUUCUCCUUGCGUUGUUUGACCGAUGGAAUCGGAGAACAUCGAGUGCGUCUCGGUGUCGGAUGGGAUGGUGGAAGAGGAGGAGGUCGCCCAUGUUCCCCACCCCUUCUUGAAGCCUCGCGGCAACGGAAGCGGGACCGUCAGCGGCUGCGGCGGCGGCGUAGGAGGAGGGGGCGUUCCAGCGCCGGUGAUCGGCCCUGUGGCUAGGGUGCAUGAGUUACUGGAGUGCCCCGUCUGCACCAACUCGAUGUACCCUCCGAUCCAUCAGUGCCACAAUGGACACACUCUGUGUUCAACUUGUAAGUCCAGGGUGCAUAAUCGUUGCCCUACGUGUAGGCAAGAACUUGGGGAUAUCAGAUGUUUGGCAUUGGAGAAAGUGGCUGAGUCACUUGAGCUUCCUUGCCGAUAUUUGUCAUUGGGAUGCCCUGAAAUUUUUCCAUAUUACAGCAAGCUCAAGCAUGAAGCUCAAUGCAAUUUUAGGCCAUACAACUGCCCCUAUGCAGGUUCUGAAUGCUCUGUUGUCGGCGAUAUUCCUUUCCUAGUUGCCCAUUUAAGAGAUGAUCACAAGGUAGAUAUGCACAUUGGUUCCACAUUCAACCAUAGAUAUGUAAAGUCAAAUCCCAGAGAGGUUGAAAAUGCUACCUGGAUGUUGACUGUGUUUCACUGUUUUGGGCAGUAUUUCUGUUUGCACUUUGAGGCCUUUCAGCUGGGGAUGGCUCCAGUGUACAUGGCUUUCCUUCGUUUUAUGGGCGAUGAGAAUGAAGCAAGGUACUAUAGCUACAGCCUUGAAGUUGGUUCAAAUGGCAGGAAAUUAAUAUGGGAAGGUAUCCCUCGGAGCAUUCGUGAUAGCCACCGAAAAGUCCGGGACAGCCACGAUGGUCUCAUAAUCCAGAGAAACAUGGCACUCUUCUUCUCUGGCGGAGAUAGGAAGGAGCUGAAACUGCGAGUCACUGGUCGCAUAUGGAAGGAGCAGCAGAACCUUGAUGCCGGAGUGUCUACCCCUAAUCCCUGUAGCUGAUGGUUAGCAAAAAAAAGAAAAAACACAUGCUGCUGUUCGUGUUUGUACCGACUGGGUGUGUUUGCCACGAUGUUGUUGUCCUCAGUUCUUGCCAUCCGAUGUAUUUCCACCAUUCGAUUAAGUUGAUGAUAGGGAGAGGAAAAUGUAAGAAUAGCUGUGCAUCCUGUUCCCGACUUACAUCAUGUUAUUAUGAGAAAGCAGGCAUUUCUUUCAUUAUAUUUAA